AUGCCACCACGAAGGUUUAAGAGGGACUACAGUCGGGGCGGAUGUCGAGAAUGCAAACGCCGAAAAAUCAAAUGCAACGAAGCCAAACCAGAUUGUUCUGAAUGCACACGAUUGGGAAAGGAGUGUUCGUACCCUGCAUUUGGUGAGAAAGUGAUUAGAGGUUCAAAAAAGGUCAUAGACGUAAAGAAAGAUUCACUUCCCGUGCAGGAGCCGCAGAAGAAGAAAACGAUCCGGACAGUUCAAAUGUAUAUGGGGCCGGACCAACCAAAGAAGAAAAUGAAGUGGGAUAAAACAUCACUGACAAGCCUAGAUAAAAAUAUUUCUGUUAAUGAUCACAUUGUGGAGGAAGUGCAAAACAACAAUCUUCCACAAAGCAACCUGCAUGAAGUAAUUGAGUCAUUAAGUUACCAGGAAAGCUCCAAAGUGAUACCCGAUUUGCAAGAAUUCGUUUCUCCUUCUACCUUGUUAUCAAAUGACGUUUACAACAACGACGAUUUAAAUUUGUUAGCUGCAGAUUUGAACAAUAUUGUCAAUGAUAUCAUGUUCAGCUCAAACAUUGUACAGCCUAUUGAUUACCAAUUAGACUUUUUCAAUCCUGUAAUAGAAACUGCUUCGCAUUUGGAAGACAUACCUAAAAGUAUUCCUUAUGAUUACAUCAAGUUGAAAACAGACGACGAAAGGCGUUACAUGACACAAUUUUAUGAAGACUUCGCGCUGCAAAUUCUACCUUUUGGCGCCGAUGACAAGGAGAGUUGGAUGUUGUACAGAAAUCCGUUUCGUGAUGUGAUAAUGAAAUACGCGGCGAGGGAAACAUUUCUUCUUGCAGCGAUAUUAUCUCAAGGUGCGCGAUUAGCAUCCGAAUUGCAAGAUGACGAAAAGAGCCGUCAGCGGGAUAUGGAAAAUUGUGGGAACUAUUUAUCAACAUGUCUAAAGUUACUUGGCCCCGCAUUGACUAGAAAUCAAGAAAAGCAAGUGAAGGACGAUUUGACAUCGAACAUUGAAAGUAUAUUACUCACAGUUUUGUUGUUGGCGUCAUCGAAUGCCAGCAAUGAGAAGCAGAGCUGGCGCCCGCAUUUAAAGGGUGCCAAGGAUAUCAUAAUAAAAGCGACAAGCAGCAAAAUACGACUGUCUCCAACUUUAAUAGUGUGCAAGAUGUGGUUUGCUGAUUUUGAAAUUUUGGCUGGAGUGAGCUCCGAGUUGGGUGGCACUCUUCGAACUAGGGAAGAAAUGGAUGUGGUGCUUAAUUUCGAUGACCCAUACGAACAGUCAGUGUUGAGAGAGUUUAGUCUUAUCCAGGAUAGUGGAUUUUGUAUUGUGAUGGGUUAUCACAUUGAUUGUCUUGAAUUUUUCAAAGAAAUUUCUGAUUUUUUAAGACUUAAACGAAUCAACCCAGAUGAAUCGCCUGAUCCACUUGAAUGCGCAAAAUUAAUCGGCGGAUUUCACCGUCAACAUAAGAUAAAGUUUGCUCAUACAGAAGCAACGCCAAAUGGACAACAUGCAGAUGGCCCAUUGUGUGAUACAGUACAUAAAGCAGAUGGCAAGUUAGAAAUGAUAUCCUGGCUGGACUUGUCGCAACAAGCGUACUCUCUCGCUGGUUUGAUCACUGUAUUCACGAAGAUGCUCGGAAUUCCAGUCGAUUCACCACAUGUGAAAGGUUUAGUCGUUAGAUUGGUUGCCUUGGUCAGGGUGUUUGAAAAUUGCAAAUACCAAGAAAGCAUGGCAUUUCCUUUCGCUUUCCUGAUGAUACAAUGGCCAAUGUCUAUUGCUGGGUUUGCCUGUACUGAACCCUCGGAGCAUUCAGUGAUUGAGAGCUUCUUUAGGUUAUGCUAUAGGACCGGUUCAUAUAGUGCAAAUUUGACUUUGGAGAGGAUAAAAAAGGUGUGGGAGCUUCGAAAUGCCGGAAAAGCUGUGGAUUAUGUUGAUGAUGGGGGCAACGUAGAUAGAAUUACGUAUUGA